UCACCCUUGGUGGCAGCGCACUGGCCCCAGCUGUGAGCUCGGUGCUCAGCCCCCAUGGCAGGCCUCUGUUCCCUUCUGGGACUCCUUCUGCUGGCAGGCAGGAUCCCCCUGCAUGCUGCUAAACGAUUUCGAGAUGUGGCAAGCCAUGCAGGAGCUGCUGCCCCAGUCUUUAGGCACCAGGACCGACUCCACGGUUGGUCUCCUGACCAGAAUACAUGGAAUGACAAACUCUACCCUGUCUGGAAAGAGGGAGACUCCCGGUGGAAAAGCUGCUGGAAAGGGGGACAGGUGCGGGCCAUCCUGACGAGUGACUCCCCAGCACUAGUGGGAUCCAACAUCACCUUUGUCGUGAGCCUAGUGUUUCCCAGAUGUCAAAAGGAAGAUGAGAGCGGCAACAUCAUCUAUGAUUGGAGCUGCAAGAAUGGCACUGCUUCGUCUCCGGAUUCUUAUGUAUACAACUGGACUGUGUGGACGGAAGAGAAUGACUGGGGGAAAUGUCCAAACAGAAGUACCCAUCAUGUGUUUCCAGAUGGGAAGCCCUUUCCUUGCCAUCCUGGAUGGAGGAGGAAGAAUUUUGUUUACAUCUUUCAUACACUUGGCCAGUAUUUCCAAAAAUUGGGACGCUCUUCAGCCGUAGUCUCUAUAAACACAGCCAACAUGACUCUUGGUCCCAAACUCAUGGAAGUGACCGUGUACAGAAGAGGACAUAAAAGCUAUGUCCCUGUUGCAUCUACUAGGGAUAUGUAUAUGGUAACAGAUGAAAUCCCCGUAUUUGUAAAUAUGUCCCAGAAGAAUGAUCGCAACUCAUCUGAUGACAUCUUCAUCAAGGACCUUCCGGUUCUGUUUGAUGUUCACCUUCACGAUCCCAGCCACUUCCUAAACACCUCUGCCAUCAACUACAAGUGGGAGUUUGGAGACAACAGUGGCCUAUUUGUUUCGAACAGUCCUGUUUUUAAUCAUACUUAUACCCUCAAUGGAAGCUUCAUACUUAAUCUGACCAUCCAAGCUGCUGCUCCUGGCCCGUGUCCUGGGCCUUCAACCAGUCCCCCAGUACCUACCUCUCACUUUCCAGUAAGUACUGUAAAUCCCUCUGAUGUUACCACCCCAUUGCCUACUGGUGCCAGCCUACAAGAUUGGAGAAAGAGAGUAGCUCCUGAUGAAAGCUGCCAGAUCAUCAGAUAUGGUCAUUUCGUGGCAUCUCUCACUAUUGUAGAGGGAAUCCUUGAAGUUAAUAUCAUCCAGAUGACAAAUAUUCAGAAGUCCAUGUCACAGACCGAAGACCCCACGAUCGACUUUGUGGUCACCUGCCAAGGAAACAUUCCUACCGAUGUCUGCACGAUUAUUUCUGACCCUACGUGCCUGUGGCCCCAGGACACAGUCUGUGACCCUGUGGAAGUCAAUGACCAGUGUUUAUUGACCAUAAGGAGAGCCUUCAGUGAGGCUGGGAUGUAUUGUGUGAACCUUACUUUGGGCAAUGAGGCCAGCCUGGCCCUGACAAGUACACUGGUCUCUGUCAGUGGAGGAGUUCCAGGGUCACCUGCCAGGGUAGGAGCAGGCAUCUUGGUCUCCAUCAGUGCCUCGAUUGCAGUCGCUGUCCUUCUAAUCUUCUUUGUGUACAAGAGAUACAAAGAAUACAAACCAAUUGAAAGCUGCCCUGGGAAGGCAGUAAAUAGCAGUGGACUGGAUGUUUCUUUCCAUAAGGAGAAGGCUGUGUUCUUCCCAGCAAACAACGAGAAGGAUCCACUGCUGAAGAAAGAGGCUGGAAUUGUUUAGCACUCCAAGCAAAUCUGUGCCUUUCUAGUACACACUGUAUGGUACUUUACAUUGGAGCUGUCCUUGAGUGGAUGACUGAUAUAAGAUAUAAGAAAAGGCAUAUUGUAAGUGGUAUACACUACUUGUGGGCAUAAUUUUUUUAUAUAGGUUAAAAGAUAAUUUAGAAGAUUGAAGAGGGGGAUUAUACUGUAGACAGCCUUGGUCAGAUUCUAUAACUAAUAAAACCACUUGGCAAUUUUUUCUUUCAUUGUGCUUUAUGAUUUCCUAAGCACUACCAGUAUCUGUCCUAGAAUAGAUGCCUCCCCAGGGAAGCCAACCUUCCUAAUUUGGAUCUUACCUAGGUUAACAACAAGAUAAUUCUUUAAGGAAAAAGAGGGAACUAAUAGGAGAGCUGUCAACUGCUCAUGAUCUUCUGUGUUAAAAUACUAGUAAAGCAAAAUAAAGGGGAAAAAAGGCUAUACAAUAAAUUCUGCUUCUAGGUGAUUCUCUGAACACACAGGGUCC